UAAGUAGCCAGAACCUGAAAACCAUCCUCCUCUAUCAUUUUCAGACUGGAGCCGUUUCUCGACCUUUUACCUCUCCUGAAAACCACUCUCACAAAAAACCACCUACCCUACCGUCUCUCCCCAAACCUUCCGCUCGACUCUCUCUCUGCAUCCCCUCUACUUCCUUUUUCGUAUCACUUCUCUCUCUCUCUCGUUCGGUUCUUCUUCUUUGAAGUUCGUACCUGUGCAGGUCUUGUUAUAUUAAAGCCAUGUACCUCGUAAUUAUCCAGGAGGAGUUCUCGUAAAAUCUCUUUCUUUACGUUCUCUCUCCAUCUCUCUGUUUCAUUCAUGGCGUACCACAACCAGCUCUCCCGAGACCUCCCUCUUCAGCACUUCGCGGACCAAUCCCGUCAACGGGAAGCGCAAAACCAAGGCUUGCCUGACAACAGUGCCUUGCGCACCAUCUUACCCGACCAGCUUGCCACCCACUCCUCCCCCUCUGACCCCAGCUCAAAACCCGGCUCCAAUCACCACCACCAUCUCCAAACCGCACCUAAUUGGCUCAACAGCGCUCUCCUCCGUACGCAAGCCCAGUACAACGAUACCUCGAACACCACCGCUGCCGGCGCCGCUAACAACAACAAUAACACAAACAGCACCAAUUUCUUGAAUCUCCACACCGCCUCUGAUUCAACCGCAGCCUCUCAAUCCUCCAACCAAUGGCUCUCCCGCCCCAUCCUUCACCGAAACCACAGUGAAGUCAUCGACGACGUCGCAUCCGCCGCCGCCGGUGACCCCAUGAUCGCCGCGACCAUGUCCCACGAUUCGGCCGAGAACUUGAAGAACAACGGUGGAAGCGACAACCUCAAUAUCACCAGCGGCAACCCGAACAAGAGCGAGGGAGGCGUGGGAGUGGGUGUUGUGGUCGAGAGCGGGGCAGACGGAGUGAUGAACUGGCAGAAUGCAAGGUACAAGGCCGAGAUUCUGUCCCAUCCGCUCUACGAGCAGCUGCUUUCCGCCCACGUGACCUGCCUCCGGAUCGCCACGCCGGUCGACCAGUUGCCCAGGAUCGACGCCCAGCUCGCGCAGUCUGAAAAUGUAGUCGCCAAAUACUCGGCUCUCGGACAUGCGACUCCGAGCAUGGUUGGGGACGACAAGGAGCUCGAUCAGUUCUUGACACAUUAUGUUCUGUUGCUUUGUUCCUUUAAAGAACAACUGCAACAACAUGUUCGAGUUCAUGCAAUGGAGGCAGUAAUGGCUUGCUGGGAGAUUGAGCAAUCCUUACAAAGUUUAACAGGCGUCUCUCCAGGUGAAGGUACAGGUGCAACAAUGUCUGAUGAUGAUGAUGAACAAGUAGAUAGUGAUGCCAACUUGUUUGAUGGAGGUUUGGAGGGUCCAGACAGCAUGGGAUUUGGCCCUCUGAUCCCAACAGAGACUGAGAGGUCCUUAAUGGAGCGUGUGAGGCAAGAGUUGAAGCAUGAACUGAAACAGGGUUACAAGGAGAAAAUUGUAGACAUAAGAGAGGAAAUUUUACGCAAGAGAAGAGCAGGAAAGCUUCCUGGAGACACUACCUCUGUUUUAAAAGCAUGGUGGCAAUCACAUUCGAAGUGGCCAUACCCCACUGAGGAAGACAAGGCAAGAUUGGUACAGGAAACUGGUUUGCAAUUGAAGCAGAUAAAUAAUUGGUUCAUCAAUCAGAGGAAGAGGAACUGGCACAGCAACCCUUCAACUUCUACUGUCUUGAAGAGCAAACGCAAAAGUAAUGCAGGUGAAAAUAGUCAUGAUCGUUUUAUGUAAUUGGAAGAAAAUUGAAGAACGAUUUCUCAAGUGAGCUCUGUUCGUCCUUCCUAUCAAGAAAUCAAUCCAACAUACUACAUAAAAAAUUCUGACUGCACAGGACUUCAUGGUAUGACUAUGGGCUCAAGUAAAACACUCCAAUUUUGCCUUUUCAGAUAGGAAAAGGCUGACAUUGAGGAUGAGGUCGGGAUGAUGAAACCGGUUUGUGACAUUGCACAUAUAUGCUCUAAGGCUUUAGACAGUUUAGUGCAUAUGAUGCAAAUCUCAUUAGGAAAUCCAAUACUUUAGAAAUUAUAAUACUGAAAAUGGUUUGGAUGCCUCAGCAAGAUUAUGAUUUUUGUUUACCUUCUUAAUGGCUGUGAAUAAUAAUGGUUAAGGGUUGUGGGUAUACAGUGUAAUAAUCUGUGCAUGCUACCUUACUUUUAUACGUGAUUAUAGCUUUAGUUUGACAAUUGUAUUGCAGAGUUAAAUUUGUAGCAAAUAUUGCAUGAAAGUUUUUUGACA